CUCUACAAUACCAUUCCUCUGUCUCUCCUCCACUCGCUCUGUAAUCUCUGCCACAACACAUCUCUCUCUCCCUUUCUCUCUCUCUCUCCCACCCCCCACUCUCCCCCUCAGUGAGGAUGACAUCCCCAAAUUUGAUGAACCAGCGAAGCUCUCAUUCUGGCUGGUGGCUUCCCAGGGAGACCCCACAUGAUCGGGCUUACUGGACGAGGAGGUGCCGUAUCUGAGUAGCUUCGGAGAAAAGCUGUCAGCUGUAGCAGUCUCUGAAUCAGCCACUGCUUCCAUCAACUCUCUGCAAACACCGUCUCCUCCGGAUAAGUCUCAUCGAAAAACACAAAACAGAACAUUUCCAGACACAUGUCACAGGUCGAGCAGGAGGUCUCUCUGGUGCAGAGGAAGAUGUCUGACCUAGAGUCUGUGCUGCAGCAGAAAGACAUCGAGCUGAAGGAGUCAGAGACCCAGAGGAGCAUCCUGGAGCAGGACCUAGCCACCUACAUCUCAGAAUGCACUGAGUACCAUGCUCAGGUGGAGGAGAUGACGGUUUCUAUCCGUCAGCUGGAGGAGGACCUGUCAGCUGCUCGUCGUCGUAGCGACCUGUACGAGUCUGAGCUGAAAGAGUCUCGUCAGUCCAGUGAGGAUCUGAAGAGGAAGGCAGCCGAAUACCAGCUGAGGAUGCAGAAGGUCAAAGAGCAAGGCAAAGCAGACGCAGAGGAGCAGGUCGGCAAGUUGGAGAAGACCAACGCUGAGCAGCAGAGCAAGAUCCAGGAGCUUCAAGAGAAACACACCAAGUCAUUGAAGGCCAGCGCGGAGGCCUCAGAUCUGCUGCAGAGCUUCAGAGCGGCUAAAGAGCGAAGUGAGAGAGAACUGGACAGACUUCAGAACAGAGAGGAGAACAGUGACAGUCUGAGGAGACGCCUCCGAGACACUGAGGAUGGCAGGAAGACUCUGGAGAACCAGGUGAAGCGGCUGGAGAUGGUGGAGCGUCGGGAGAUUAAACUGAAGGAGGAGAUCCAGAGCAAAGCGCAGCAGAUUCAGCAGAUGGCGGAGAAGAUUCUGGUGCUGGAGGAGAAUCUGCGAGAGACUCAGGGCACCUCGCAGCGUUUAGAGACUCAUCUGAAGCAGAAGGAGAAGCUGUAUGAAGACAAGAUAAAGGUGUUGGAGGUCCAGAUGAAAGCGGACAUGGCCGAUAAGGAGAUGCUGGAGUCGAGUCAGAGCAAGUUUGAGGAGGAGGUGAGCGACAAGUGCAGCGUCAUCAGCGACCAGAAGGCGACCAUCAAUGCGAUGGACUCUAAGAUGAACAGUCUGGAGCAGAGGAUCUCCGAGCUCUCUGAGGCCAACAAGCUGGCAGCCAACAGCAGCAUCUACACCCAGAAAAACAUGAAAGCGCAGGAGGAGAUGAUCUCGGAGCUCCGGCAGCAGAAGUUCUACCUGGAGUCUCAGGCCGGGAAGCUGGAGGCGCAGAACGCUAAGCUGGAGGAACAUCUGGAGAAGAUGAGUCAGCAGGAACAGAGCAACAAGAGCCGAGUCAUGGAGCAGGAGACCAGGCUCAGAGAGCUGGGUCUGGAGCACGAGGAGCAGAAGCUGGAGAUAAAGCGCCAGGCGUCAGAUCUGAGUCUGUCUCUGCAGGAGCGAGAGUCUCAGAUCAGCAACCUGCAGGCGGCUCGGCUGGCUCUGGAGAACCAGCUGCAGCAGGCCAGGUCUGAACUGGAGGACACGACCGCUGAGGCAGAGGAGGAGAUCACCGUGCUCAGGGCUCACAGAGACGAGAUUCAACGCAAGUUUGACGUCUUGAGAGACAGCUGUGCGGUGAUCACAGAUCUGGAGGAGCAGCUGACGGCGCUGACGCAGGAUAACGCCGAGCUGAACCGGCAGAACUUCUACCUCUCCAAGCAGCUGGACGAGGCUUCAGACGAGCGGGAGGACCGGCUGCACCUCGGCCAGGACGUGGACCGGCUGAGGAGGGAGGUGGCCGACCGCGAGAUGCACCUCAACAACCAGAAACAGAACCUGGUGACCCUGAAGACCACCUGCACGAUGCUGGAGGAGCAGGUGCUGGAGCUGGAGACCCUGAACGACGAGCUGCUGGAGAAGGAGAGGCAGUGGGAAGCCUGGAGGUCGACUCUGGAGGACGAGAAGAACCAGGCGGAGAGGAGAACCAGAGACAUCCAGAGACUGCUGGACACUGAGAAACAGAACAGGCUUCGUUCAGAGCAGCGCAGCUCGGAGUCUCGUCUGGCGGUGGAGCAGGCGGUGAAGGAGCACCAAGCGGAGAUCGUGGCCCUGCAGCAGGCGCUCAAAGACCAGAAGAUCCAGGCUGAGAGCCUCACCGACACCAUGAACGAUCUGGAGAAGAAGCACGCCAUGCUGGAGAUGAACGCCCACAGUCUGCAGCAGAAGCUGGAGGGAGAGAGGGAUCUGAAGCAGAGGCUGCUGGAGGAGCAGGAGAAGCUGCAGCAGCAGACGGACGCUCAGAAGACGCACAUCUUCCGGCUGACCCAGGGUCUGCAGGAUGCUCUGGACCAGGCUGACCUGCUGAAGACCGAGAGGACCGACCUGGAGUACCAGCUGGAGAACGUCCAGGCGGUGUACUCCCAUGAGAAGGUGAAGAUGGAGGGAACCAUCACGCAGCAGACCAAGCUCAUCGACUUCCUGCAGGCCCAGGCGCACGGGGGCUCCAAGAAGAAGAAGGGUCUGUUUGGCCGUCGUCGGGAAGACCUUCUGGCUGCCAUGGCUGCUCAGGCUCAGAAUCAGAGUCAGAAUCAGAGCCAGGUCCAGGGUCAGGGUCCGGUGUCCCCGCUGCCCUCCAUCCAGCCGGUGCCUCUGCAGUACAGCGACAUCAAGCUGGCUCUGGACAAAGAGAGGAGUCGCAGCACGGAGCUGGAGGAGGCGCUGCAGAAGAUGAGAGGAGAGCUGCGCUCCCUGAGGGAGGAGGCGCUGCAGUAUAAGGACCACGGGAGCUCUGGGACCCCGGCCUCCGCUCGGCAGCAGAUGAUCCUGUCGGCCAUGGUGAAGUCUCCUGAGCACCAGCAGGGCCCCCCCGCCCUGAACCCCUCCAACUCUGAGCGCAGGAAGAACACCGCCACACCCGAGGAGAGAAGGAGGGUCACUUUUGAAAAGUUCAGCCGGCGCCUGAAGGACAGUCAGAGGGAGCGUCUGCACCACAACACGGCGCACCGCUUCUCCGUGGGGCUCAACAUGAGGGCCGCCAAGUGCACCGUGUGCCUCGACACCGUGCACUUCGGACGCCAGGCGGCCACCUGCCUCG